GCUAGUAAUUGCUAGAGGUUUUUAUCAGACGUAUGGUUUGUGGGUGGUUAUAUGCUGUAAGUUGUUUCUGUGCGUUGUCUCAGGUUUGCACAGCUGAAAAAUGGCGGUAGUAUUACAGCAGAUACUUGACCGUUCGGACCUUACAAAGCUUCCUAAACAUGUACAGACAAAACUGGAAAAAUUCUUGGGUGACCAGCAGCAAGAAAUCGACUCAAUGAAAUCCCGCCAUGAGAGGUUCAAGGUUGAUAGUGAGCAACAGUACUUUGAAGUGGAGAAGCGCCUGGCACAUGCCCAGCAGAAAUUAGUAACAGAAACCCAAGAAUGCCAACAUCUGCGCCAGGAGCUAGACAAACUGGGAGAAGAAAGUAAACAGUUGGCAGAAGAGAAAAAACAGUUUGCAACUGCUCAAGAAAAUUUCACAUUGACUGAGAAUCGACUUAACAGAAUAAAGGAUGAAUUGGAGUCUGAGAAACGUGAUUUGAUUAGAACAUUGGAAAAGAAGUCUCAAGAACUUGAAUACUUGAGUGGUUGCAAAACUGGAAGAACAAUUGAACAGUCUAAAGGCUUCCAAUGAAACCUUCCAAAAAAGAACUGAAGAGCUCAUGGAGAAAUUGAAAGAGUGCAAAGAUCAGCAGGCAAGUUCAGAAGAAAAAUUCCACAAUGAACUGAAUGCUCAUAUCAAAUUAUCUAACUUGUACAAGAGUGCUGCAUCUGAUGGGGAAGCAAAGGCCACUGAGCUGAACCGUGCAGUGGAGGAGCUAGACAGGUUGCUGAAGGAGGCAGCAGAAGCAAACAAGAAUACUGAAGAAAAAUUAAAACAGAUGGAGUCCUCUAAGGAAACCAUGGAGGCAGCACUAAAAGAGAAAAUUCGUAAUCUGGAAAAAGAACUGGACAAUGCAAAUGAUCUUUUGUGCUCUUCAAAACGCAGAGGAGUUGCAGUGCUUUCAGAAGACGAAUUAUCAGCUAUGUCUCCUACUGCAGCUGCUGUAGCAAAGGUCGUGAAACCUGGUAUGAAAUUGACUGAGCUGUACAAUGCUUACGUAGAAGCACAAGAACAGCUGCAGAUGGAGAAGCUGGAGAAUAAACGAAUAAACAAGUACCUAGAUGAGAUUGUGAUGGAAGUGGAAGCCAAAGCUCCAAUCCUGAAGCGCCAGAGGGAGGAGCAUGAACGCCUGCAAAAGACUGUGUUGAGUUUAUCUGCCAAACUAGAGCAAGCAAUGAAAGAAAUCCUGCGCUUGCAGAAGGAGAUGGAUGAUGAUAAGAAAAGCAAGUCAUUCCUUGAGAGAGACAACCAGAGGCUGAAUGUUCAAGUAACUGACAUUUCCCAGCAGGUCCGCAUCCUUCUGAUGGAACUUGAGGAGGCCCGUGGUAAUCACGUGCUGAGAGAUGAUGAGGUGAGCUCUGCUGCUGUCACCAGCUCAUCUGAAGUUAUAACCCAGCACUUGGUCACCUAUAGGAAUAUUGAAGAGUUGCAGCAACAGAACCAGCGACUUCUGCAGGCUUUGCGUGACCUGAGUGAAACCAAAGAAAAAGAAGAAAUUGAAACCACUACUUCAAGGGUUACUGAGCUUCAGAAUGAACUUGAAAAGGCCUUGGAGGAACUGGAGCAGUUGCGUGAGGCAAGAAAACAUCAGAUACAGUUGGUAGAUGCUCUGGCACGGCAACGUGAUAUGUACCGUAUCCUUUUGGUACAGGCCACUGGUGUUUCAUUUCCAGCACAAGGUGUUUCGUCUGAAGAAUUUGCAGCUACAUCAACACCUAGACCGUCGCUGGAAGGUACACCCUCUACAGUAGCACAGACUCCACCACAGUCAUCUGGAGCCAUAGAAGCAGCUGAAGCUAAAGCUGCCCUAAAACAACUUCAAGAAGUGUUUGAAAGUUACAAGAAAGAGAAGAACGAAAAUGAUAAAAUGCUUAACGAACACAAUGAAAGACUUCAGGAGCAAGUGUCCGAACUGAGAUCCCAGAAUACAAAGAUUGCCACUCAGCUGGAGUUUGCUUCCAAACGGUAUGAAAUGCUUCAGGACAAUGUAGAGGGAUAUCGUCGAGAAAUCGCAUCACUGCAUGAUAAGUGCCAGAACUUCACCGCCACAAAUAAGAAGCAGGAACAGAUCAUCAGCACCCUGACCCAAGAUCUGAGAGCAGCAAAUGAAAAACUGGCUGUGGCAGAGGUCCGAGCAGAAAACCUGAAGAAAGAAAAAGAAAUACUAAAGAUGGCAGAAUCUCGUCUGACCAAGGAACGAGAUGCAUUGCAGGCAGAACAACGGGGACAGAGCUUGCUGCUUACUAAUCUUCAGGCCAUCCAGGUGACCUUUGAGCGGUCAGAGACUGAGACUAAACACAGGUUAACCAACCAGAUAGAAAAAUUGGAACGCGAGUUGAGUCAAAUGAAGAAGAAAUUGGAAAGUGAAGUGGAACAAAGGCACUUGCUGAGCAGAAACCAAGAUUUGCAGCUGCUAGAAGUCAAGAAGCAACUGGAAAGUGAAGUAGGCCUUCAUCAGAGCACAAAGCAGCUGUUGAAGAAUGCAGAGAAGGAGAUUAGCAGUUUGAAACUGCAGCUGAAUAACGCUGAAGCCCAACUAGCAUCCAAAGAGGCAGAAGGAGCUGGAAGCAAAGAUGCAGCCACUUCACAAGAGGACAUUGAAAAGUUGCAGUCGCAGCUAAGGCAAGCUGAAGAACAGAUUGCUGACCUGAAGGAAAGACUAAAAACUUCAGCUAGUAAUGUGGAAGAGUAUAGGACCAUUGUUCUUAAUUUAGAGGAGUCCCUCAGUAAAGAAAAGCAGGUAAUUGAAGAAACUCGUGUUGUAAUAGAAGCACGUCAUAGAGAAUCCACAGAGUAUCAGUUACAGCUAGAGAAGAAACUGAUGGAGGCAGAGAGGGAAAAACAGGAACUCCAAGAUGAAAAACAGAAAGCUGUGGAAGAUAUGGAAAUUCAGGUGUCAGAGCUGAAGAAGAGCCUUACUACCCUACAGACUGAAAUGCAAGAAGCUCUACAGACAGCAAAUAUGGCUGCAGUCAAUGAGAAGCAAGCGAAGCAAGAUUGUCAGGAGCAGGCAAGGAUCGCCACUGAAGCACAAAACAAGUAUGAGCGUGAGCUGAUGCUUCAUGCUGCUGAUGUGGAGGCUCUACAGGCGGCAAAAGAGCAGAGCAGCAAGAAUGCCGAGAUGCGACAGCAGUUGGAGGAGGCAGCACAGAAGGCUGAAUCGCAAUUACUGGAGGCCAGAGCUUCGUGGCAGGAGCAGGAGAGAGUGCUAAAGGAAGAAGUGUUAACACUGAAGUCUCAAAUUGAGGAAUUUCAGAAACAUAACAGCUUGCUGCAUGAGCAGAUUGAAAGCCUUAGUUCUAAGAUGGUGACCUCUGUCCAGGAAGUCCACCGACCUUCAAUUUCACCAAAUGUGUCAUUUAGUGAGGAAGGAAAAUCACAAGAGCAGAUCAUGGAAAUUCUAAGAUUUGUGCGCCGUGAGAAGGAAAUUGCAGAGACACGGUUUGAGGUGGCCCAAGUUGAGAGCCUUCGUCAUCAACAGAAAGUGGAACAACUGGAAAGAGACCUUAAAGAGAUGCAAGAGAGUCUAAAUAUUGAGCGGGAGAAAGCUCAGGUUUGGGCUAAAACUCAGGCUCAACAUGAAGAGCUUUUGAGGAAGACUGAAACCAUGAAUGUGCUAAUAGAUACCAACAAACUGCUGAGAGAAGAAAAGGAACGUUUGGAGCAGGAACUGCAGCAGAGCCAAGCCAAGGUGCGGAAGCUGGAGGCAGAUAUAUUGCCCUUGCAGGAGGCUAAUACAGAACUUAGUGAAAAGAGUGGAAUGCUGCAGGCUGAGAAGAAAUUACUAGAGGAUGAUGUGAAGCGUUGGAAGGCCCGUACACAGCAUCUAAUGAAUCAGCAGAAGGACACAGACCAGGAAGAGCACAAGAAACUACUCUCUGAGAAAGAGGCAAAUGCUAAACGUAUCCAGCAACUGACAGAGGAAACAGCCAAAUUGAAGACUGAAAAUGCCAGAUUAAGUGCUUCACUGUCCACUGCACAGAGUCAAGUUCAGUCUUUAAAAGAAGAGCUGGAAAAAAUAAAGAGAGAAAAGGAAAUUGUACAGCGGGAUCUUGAGGCUAAGAUGGCUGAUAUACAAGAAAAAAUAAAAACCAUCACACAAGUGAGGAAAAUCGGCCGCAGAUACAAGACACAGUACGAAGAACUUAAAGCAGAGCAUGAAAAGAUGGUUGCAGAGAGAGCUUCAAAGGUUUUGCCGGAACAGGAGAAACAUGAUGCAUUAGUUAAGGAAGUAGAAUCAUUAAAGGAAUCUAAAAACCAGGCAGAAAUGCAAGUAAAAGAGCUGGAAGAAAAGACUGAUAGCCUGCAAAAGAGUGUAAAGGAAAAAGAAUCAGAAACAAAGGAACUUCAAGCACAAGUUGCUCAGCUGCAGGCUGAACUAAAUAAUACUCGUCAAGAGGUGAGAGACAGAGUUACUCUGGAGGAACAGCUCAAACAGCAGAUUACUGAUAAGGAAGGAAAAACUAAGAAGACUCUUGCAGCAGUCAAACAGAAGAUGUCACAGCUAGUUGAGAACAAAUCACAACUGACAAAGGAAAAGGAGCAGCUGGUAAAGGACAAGGAACAGCUGAUGAAAGAAAAGGAACAGCUGGCAAAGGAGAAGGAUCAAUUGACAAAGGAAAGCGAGGAGCUGCGAAAUAGAAUUUCAUCAAUGGAUCAGCAAAAAGAAGAGCUGGAUUUGCGUAUGAGUACAUUAAAGUCUCAGUACGAGGGUCGUAUCUGCCGCCUGGAGCGAGAGCUUCGAGAACAUCAAGAUAGACAUCUUGAGCAGCGAGAAGAACCUCAGGAACCACCAACCAAGGUUCUAGAACAACAGAGGCAGAUCUCACUCAAACCAACACCUUCAGCUGGAGAGAGAGGAAGCACAACCACUUCAGAUCCUCCAACAGCCAACAUCAAACCAACUCCACUUGUGGCUACACCAAGUAAAGUGACUGCUGCAGCUAUAGCAGGGAACAAGCCAACCCCAAGGGCAAGUAUUCGUCCGAUGGUCACUCCAGCUACAGUCAGUACACCAACUACUACUCCAACAGCUACAGUGAUGCCUACACAAGUGGAAACUCAAGAGGCAGUGCAGUCAGAAGGGCCAGCUGAGCACUUUUCAGUCCUUGGAAAUGCAAGUGGGUCAGUGCGUUCUACGAGUCCGAAUGUCCAGACUACACUCUCUCAAUCUAUACUAACAGUUCAGCAGCAGACGCAAGCUACAGCUUUUGUACAGCCUACACAGCAGACAGUGUCUCAGAUUGAACCAGCCAGUCAGGAACCAACAUCAACUCCAGCUGUAAUGGAGGCCAUGCAGAGCUCAUCAUUAGAAAGACCAUCAACCUCUACUGCUGUAGUUGGCACAGUUUCAGCAACACCAAGUUCCACUGUACCCAAAAGACCACGUGAUGAGGAAGAGAGUAGCACGAUGGAUACCACGGAGCAAGAGGAAGUGGCAGAUCAGCCUUUUACCAAGAAACUAAGAGCUGUACAACGUGUUGAACCGGAGGAAGAAGUUACAGCAGAUGAGAGCACCAGUGCAGAAGUUGAAAUACAGGAUGUCCAUCCUUCCCAGGAUUUUGAUAUAGAAGAAAGCACACCAGUUAAUACUGCAGUAGAAGAAGUAGAUGAGUCCUCGGAGAUGCAGCCAGAUGGUACAUCACAGACAGCAGACUGUCAGCCGAACCCCCAGGAAUCGCUGGCUGAAACACACGAGGUCAUUGUAAUUAACAGUGAUGAGGAUGAGGAAAAUGAAGAACAGGAGUAUGAGGUGGAGGAUGAGGAGGAUGAACAUGAUGCAGAAAUGGAAGAUGAAGGCGAUGACAGCAAUGAAGGUACUGGUAGUGCGGGUGGAAAUACAUACGAAGCAGAUGAUGCAGGGGGUGCUGAUGGGACUGACCAUGGAACAGAGACCGAAGAGAGCAUGGGAGGUGGAGAAACUAACCAAAGAGCAGCUGACUCUCAAAGCACUGGUGAAGGGAGCAGUAGUGCUGCUGAAUCAUCCUGCGAGCCAACCAGAGAGCAGGCUUCAUCAACCAGUGAAAGGCCAUCAUCUCGCCCACCUCAGUCACCUAGAAGGCCACCUCACCCUCUUCCACCACGCCUGACUAUCCACGCACCACCACAGGAGCUGGGAACAUCCUCACAGCGAGUUCACAUGAGCCGUAGGCAGUCUGUGGGACGAGGCCUUCAGUUAACGCCUGGUAUAGGAGGCACACAGCACUUUUUCGAUGAUGAAGAUCGUACAGUUCCAAGCACUCCAACUCUUGUUGUACCGCAUCGCACAGAUGGUUUUGCAGAAGUAAUUCACUCUCCACAGGUAAUUGGCGGUCGAUUCCCUUAUCCUGAAGAAGUACCACCAAGCAGCUCAAGCCAUUCAGAUCUUGGACACUUGGCUUCACAUGGCGGUUUGGGAAUGUAUGAAAAUGCCCUUUUUCUUCCACAUGAGGAGGAGUCUGGAGGUCGUAGCGUACCAACCACACCAUUACAGGUCUCUGCACCAGUAACAGUUUUUACAGAAAGUACACCAUCUGAUGCAACGGAGCAUGCAUCCCAGUCAGUUCCUAUGGUAACUACAUCAACUGGGAACCUGUCCUCCAUAGCAGAGUCGGGAAUGGGUGAUGAUGGAGAUGAAGUUUUUGGGGAAGCAGAAUCUGAAGGCUCUGAAGCAGUGCUGGAGAUGGAAGGUCAGCAGGAAGAAGACUCAUCCCAGGCACCUGAUGAAAGUGAAAUACCUUCCACAAGUCAGGAUCCCCCAACCAGCUCUUCAGUUGACACAAGCAGCAGCAGUCAGCCAAAACCUAUUGUACGAGACAGACCUCCACAGCAGAUUGUCAGAACUAUGCGGCAAAUAAACAGACAAAGAGGUGUGAGUCAUGCCAUGGGAGCCAGGGGAAGGCUUAACAGAGGCAAUAUUAGCUGAAUGUAUUUACAAACUUCGCAAUUCUUGGAACUGUGAAUAUGCAUCUUGGUCUUAACUCUUACCGUUUUGAAAUUUUACAUUGCUUUUUGUAAUUAAAUGUGUUAUGCUUGUAUAAUAUUUUACAUUUGUUAAUAAAAUCUAAGACAGACUGUCGAACAUGA